AUGGAUUCCCACAACCAGACACAGAGGGCAGAAUUGAUCUUCAUGCCAUUCUCCAGAGUUCGGAGCCACCAGGCCCAACUUUUCUUGGUGUUCCUGGCUGCCUAUUUGGCCAUUCUGCUGGGCAACUUCAUGAUCAUAAUCUUAAUUCUCUUGGAUUCUUCUCUCCACACCCCCAUGUACUUCUUCCUCAGCCAGCUCUCCUGCUUGGAUAUUUGCGUUUCUUCUGUGGUGGUACCAAAGAUCCUGGUGAACUUUCUACGCCAACAUCACACCAUUUCUUACAACCAAUGCCUGGCACAAGUCUUCUUCCUGAUCAGCUUUUCAGGAUGUGAGCCAACACUGCUGGCCAUCAUGGCUUAUGACCGCUACUCAGCCAUCUGCCAACCUUUGCACUAUGCCCACCUGAUGAGGAGAGAGUUGUGCAUCCAGCUAUCUCUGGCCAACUGGCUCUGGGGCUUCCUGGACUCAGCCAUCCACGUUGUCGUGGCCUCCAGGCUGGAGUUUUGUGGAAACAACAACAUACCUCACAUCUUUUGUGAUGUCCCACCAUUACUGAAGAUGGCCUGCAGUGAUACGUGGGUCAACGAAUUGACCAAUCACAUCACCAGCCUCUUUGUGGGCCUCGGUCCCUUCCUCUUCAUCAUCCUGUCCUAUUUUUUAAUUUUCAUCUCUAUUCUGAAGAUUCGUUCUAACACCGGAAGACGCAAAGCCUUCUCCACUUGCGCAUCACACAUUGUUGUGGUCAUGCUCUGCAUUGGAAACGGAUACUUGAACUACAACCAGCCCAGGGCUGGCUACUCCAUAGAGACCGGUGCUCUAAUCUCCACAUCGUUUUGCAUCGUCACCCCCAUGCUGAACCCCCUAAUCUACAGCCUCCGCAACAAGGAGGUGAAGGGGGCCCUGAGGAAGGUUCUCGGGUGCCGGAAGACAGCAUGGUACUGA